UGGGGCGUGCUUAAGGAUGUACGCAUGCGUAGUGCAAUUUACGCAGGCGCAGUAGGGUCCCCCGGGCGGCGGUGGUGGUGGCUCUUCGGGGUGCUGGGCUUACUCCCAUCUAGGCCGGCCCCAGCCCAUCUCACCCCCAGGGAUUCACUUCGUUGGGGGCUGCGGAUUUUUCGUUGUACCCAACAAAAGGAAAGAUUGGGGACCUGGGGGUAGCCGGAAGUACCGCCUUGCAAUCCCCAAAUACGAUCGGGGAAACGGAAGUGGCCGACGGUGGCAGGUUGGGGGAGACCGGAAGUGACGAGAGCUGUCGGCCAUGGAGCCCAAUGAUAGUACCAGUACCACUAUGGAGGAGCCUGACAGCCUGGAGGUGCUGGUGAAGACCCUGGACUCUCAGACUCGGACCUUUAUUGUGGGGGCCCAGAUGAAUGUAAAAGAGUUUAAGGAACACAUUGCUGCCUCUGUUAGCAUCCCCUCUGAGAAACAAAGGCUCAUCUACCAGGGGCGUGUUCUGCAGGAUGAUAAGAAGCUCCAGGAAUACAAUGUUGGAGGAAAGGUUAUCCAUCUAGUGGAACGGGCUCCUCCUCAGACUCAGCUUCCUUCUUCUGGAGCAUCUUCUGGGACAGGGUCUCCCUCAACUACCCAUGGUGGAGGACCCCCGCCUGGUACUCGGGGACCUGGGGCCUCUGUUCAUGACCGGAAUGCCAACAGCUAUGUCAUGGUUGGAACGUUCAACCUUCCCAGUGACGGCUCUGCUGUGGAUGUUCACAUCAACAUGGAACAGGCCCCAAUUCAGAGUGAGCCCCGUGUUCGGCUGGUGAUGGCUCAGCACAUGAUCAGGGAUAUACAGACCUUGUUGUCCCGGAUGGAGUGUCAAGGGGGGCCCCAGGCCCAGCACAGUCAGCCGCCUCCACAGAUGCCCACUGCCGCCCCAGAGCCAGUAGCUUUGAGCUCUCAGUCAGAACCUGUCGAAAGUGAAGCCCCUCCUCGGGAGCCUAUGGAGGCAGAAGAAGUAGAGGAGCACGCCCCAGCUCAGAGCCCAGAGCUCACCCCUUCUGGUCCAGCCCCUGCAGGCCCGACACCUGUCCCAGAGACAAAUGCGCCCAACCAUCCUUCCCCCACGGAGUAUGUCGAGGUGCUCCAGGAGUUGCAGCGGCUAGAGAGCCGCCUCCAGCCCUUCCUCCAGCGCUAUUAUGAAGUUCUGGGUGCUGCCGCCACCACGGACUAUAACAACAAUCACGAGGGCCGUGAGGAGGACCAGCGGUUGAUCAAUUUGGUGGGGGAAAGUCUGCGGUUGCUGGGCAACACCUUUGUGGCACUGUCUGACCUGCGCUGCAACCUGGCCUGUGCACCCCCACGGCACCUGCAUGUGGUCCGGCCCAUGUCUCACUACACCACCCCCAUGGUGCUCCAGCAGGCAGCUAUUCCCAUCCAGAUCAAUGUGGGGACGACUGUGACCAUGACAGGGAAUGGGACUCGGCCCCCCCAGGCUGCAAACGCGGAGGCACCUCCCUCUGGUCCUGGGCAGGCCUCGUCCCUGGCUCCCUCGUCUACCACUGUUGAGUCCUCAACUGAGGGGGUACCCCCCCAGGGCCCAGCUCCCCCGCCAGCUGCCAGCCACCCAAGGGUCAUUCGCAUUUCCCACCAGAGUGUGGAACCCGUGGUCAUGAUGCACAUGAACAUUCAAGAUUCUGGCACACAAACUGGUGGAGUUCCAAAUGCUCCCACUGGCCCCCUUGGACCCCCUGGUCAUGGCCAAACUCUGGGACAGCAGGUGCCAGGCUUCCCAACAGCUCCGACCCGGGUGGUGAUUGCUCGGCCCACACCUCCACAGGCUCGCCCUUCUCAUCCUGGGGGUCCUCCGGUCUCUGGGGCGCUGCAGGGCACUGGGCUGGGUACCAAUGCCUCUUUGGCCCAGAUGGUGAGCGGCCUCGUGGGGCAGCUUCUUAUGCAGCCGGUCCUUGUGGCUCAAGGGACCCCAGGAAUGGCUCCACCUCCAGCCCCUGCCACAGCUUCAGCCAGUGCCGGCACCACCAACACAGCUACCACUGCUGGUCCUGCCCCUGGGGGUCCUGCCCAGCCUCCACCCCCUCAACCCUCCGCAGCCGAUCUUCAGAUCUCUCAGCUCCUGGGGAACCUCCUGGGACCAGCAGGGCCAGGGGCUGGAGGGCCUGGCAUGGCUUCCCCUACCAUCACCGUGGCAAUGCCUGGUGUCCCUGCCUUUCUUCAGGGCAUGACUGACUUCCUGCAGGCAACACAGACGGCCCCUCCACCUCCUCCACCUCCUCCACCGCCACCCCCUGCCCCAGAGCAGCAGGCCACACCCCCAGCAGGCUCCCCUUCUGGAGGUGCAGGGAGUCCUGGGGGCCUGGGUCCUGAGAGUCUGCCACCGGAGUUUUUCACCUCAGUGGUGCAGGGUGUGCUGAGCUCCCUGCUAGGCUCCUUGGGAGCCCGGGCUGGCAGCAGUGAAAGUAUUGCUGCCUUCAUACAACGCCUCAGUGGAUCCAGCAACAUCUUUGAGCCUGGGGCUGAUGGGGCCCUUGGAUUUUUCGGGGCUCUGCUCUCUCUCUUGUGCCAGAACUUCUCCAUGGUGGAUGUGGUAAUGCUUCUCCACGGGCAUUUCCAGCCGCUACAGCGACUCCAGCCUCAGCUGCGAUCCUUCUUCCACCAGCACUAUCUGGGUGGCCAGGAACCCACAUCUGGUAACAUCCGGACGGCAACCCACACAUUGAUCACUGGGCUAGAGGAAUAUGUGCGGGAGAGUUUUUCUUUGGUGCAGGUUCAGCCAGGUGUGGAUAUUAUCCGGACAAACCUGGAAUUUCUCCAGGAGCAGUUUAAUAGCAUUGCUGCCCACGUACUGCACUGCACAGACAGUGGAUUUGGGGCCCGGUUGCUAGAGUUGUGUAACCAGGGCCUGUUUGAAUGCCUGGCGCUGAACCUGCACUGCUUAGGGGGACAGCAGAUGGAACUUGCCUCCGUCAUCAAUGGCCGAAUCCGCCGCAUGUCUCGUGGGGUGAAUCCAUCCUUGGUGAGCUGGCUGACCACUAUGAUGGGACUGCGGCUUCAGGUGGUACUAGAGCAUAUGCCUGUAGGCCCUGAUGCCAUCCUUAGAUAUGUUCGCAGGGUUGGUGACCCCCCCCAGGUUCUUCCUGAGGAGCCAAUGGAAGUUCAGGGAGCAGAGAGAACUUCUCCUGAGCCCCAGCGGGAGAAUGCUUCCCCAGCCCCAGGAACAACAGCCGAAGAGGUCAUGUCCCGAGGCCCACCCCCUGCCCCUGAAGGGGGCUCCCGAGAUGAGCAGGAUGGAGCAGCAGCUGAGACAGAACCUUGGGCAGCUGCAGUCCCACCAGAAUGGGUCCCCAUUAUCCAGCAGGACAUUCAGAGCCAACGGAAGGUGAAACCCCAACCCCCCCUGAGUGAUGCCUACCUCAGCGGUAUGCCUGCCAAAAGACGCAAGACGAUGCAGGGUGAGGGCCCCCAGCUGCUUCUGUCAGAGGCCGUGAGCCGGGCAGCUAAGGCAGCCGGAGCUCGGCCCCUGACGAGCCCAGAGAGCCUGAGCCGGGACCUGGAGGCACCAGAGGUUCAGGAGAGCUACAGGCAGCAGCUCCGGUCUGACAUACAAAAGCGACUGCAGGAAGACCCCAACUACAGCCCCCAGCGUUUCCCCAAUGCCCACCGGGCCUUUGCUGAUGAUCCUUAGUUCUUUGCUCUAUGGUCCUGCCUCAUCAGGGGACCGUUUCCCCCCACUUCCUUCACAGUAUUUAAGAAAUAAAGGUCGGAUUUUCUGGCUCUUCAGUCUCU